AUGAGAGUAUCUACGCUGCUUUCGGGCCUGUCCAUUACUGGCCUGGUCACGGCUACCGACCUUUUGCUGCCUCUUUAUAUCUACCCAUCAGCGGGCCCUAUCCAACCGGUCUACGAUGCAGUCACUUCAAAUCCUAAUGCCACGUUCUAUGUCAUAGUCGACCCCGAUUCUGGACCCGGAGGAAGCCAAUACCCAAACUCAGAUUAUAUCACCGCUCUUGCCAAGCUCAACACUUAUUCUAAUGUGCAGACAAUUGGAUACGUGCACACGUCAUACAUGGCGCAAACCACCGAUGCCAUCGCAGCUAAUGUCAGCAGAUAUGCAGGCUGGAGCAACUACUCGGAUAGCAAUAUUGCGGUAAAAGGAAUAUUCUUCGACGAAGCCACAAAUACACAAAACUCGGCCGCCUACGCCUACAUGUCGACUAUCGCGUCCAAUGCUCGCGACCAAGGCCUCGACUUCGUCAUAUUCAACCCAGGAACGGUGGUGACUGCGCCGGAAUUCUUUGAGGCAGCUGACCUCAUCGUGGUUGAAGAAGUUGCUUAUUCCACAUACCAAGCUGGUACAAUCCAGUCGGUGCCAGAGCAAUAUCGCAACCAAAGUGCUAUCAUCCUACAUGAUACGCCGUCAGGAACGAAUUUGACAUCUGUAGUAAGCGGGAUGGAGAGCGAUACGCUUGGCGCAUUCUAUGCGACCGCGGAUUGCUGCUAUCAAAGUGUCACAAUCCUAGGCAGCGUCGCAUCUGCGUUGGCAGCAUCGAAUUAA